ACGCCUGCGUACUCGCUACCGCCCUCUUCCCCUCUCUCCCCGCUUCCUUCCUUCCUUCCCCCGACGAAGCUUCGUGAAGAUUCCGGAAGGCUCCGGCCGGUUCUUUUCUCCGAGGCACCCGAGCCGCCACCGCUCCGCCGGGCUCCCGGUCUUUUCCCCCUGCCAUCCAGCGCCGCCGCCAUGUCCUUGCUGUGCUACAACCGGGGCUGCGGCCAGCGUUUCGACCCCGAGACCAACACGGAGGAUUCAUGCACGUAUCAUCCAGGUGUACCGGUCUUUCAUGAUGCUCUCAAAGGUUGGUCAUGUUGUAAGAGAAGAACAACAGACUUUUCUGACUUCUUAAGCAUUGUGGGCUGUACAAAGGGUCAUCAUAAUAGUGAGAAACCUCCUGAGCCUGUUAAACCAGAAGUCAAAACUACCUCUGAGCGAAAGGAGCUAGCUGAACUGAAACCCAAAUUUGAAGAACACAUAAUUAAGGCACCAAAACCACUGGAAACAAUUAAAAGACCAAGCCCAGAUGAGCCAAUGACAAAUUUGCAGCUGAAAGUAUCAGCUUCCUUGAAGCAAGCACUAGAUAAACUGAAACUGUCAUCAGAAAACGAAGAGAAAAAAGAGGAGGACAGUGAUGAAAUCAAGAUUGGGACAGCAUGUAAAAAUGCAGGCUGUUCAAAAACGUACCAAGGACCACACAGCACCGAAGAUGUAUGUAUAUACCAUUCUGGUGUACCUAUAUUCCACGAAGGGAUGAAGUAUUGGAGCUGCUGUAAAAGGAAAACUUCUGACUUCAAUACAUUUUUAGCUCAAGAAGGCUGUACAACAGGAACACACGUAUGGACUAAAAAGGAUGCAGGAAAGAAGGUAGUUCCAUGCAGGCAUGAUUGGCACCAGACUGGAGGAGAAGUGACUAUUUCUAUAUAUGCUAAGAACUCUGUUCCUGAUCUGAGCUAUGUAGAAGCAAAUAGUACAAUGUUAAAUAUUCAUAUUGUAUUUGAAGGAGAAAAGGAAUUUCAUCGCAAUGUGAAAUUAUGGGGAGUAAUUGAUGUAAAGAGGAGUUACGUGAACAUGACAGCUACAAAGAUUGAGGUUACUAUGAGAAAAGCAGAGCCUUUAUUAUGGGCGAGUCUUGAAUUACCAGUAUCCAACACAGAACAAAAGAAAGAGAAUUCAGAUCAAUAAUAAUUCCAAGUGACAAGAUAUAUCCCAUCAUGAAGUGGUGACUUGCUACUGUAAUCAAGUAUUUAAUUUUUAUAUAGAUAACUUUUUUUUUAUGCUAGACGUUAUGUUUCACUCUACAAAAAAAAAAAUGAUGCACAGUAAAUCGGGGUGUCAACUUGAAGAGUAAUAGCUGGUUCUUCUGCUCUUGCUCCCAUGAGUGUAUUUAUUCUAGCUGGAGCAUCUCCGUGGGAAUUUAAAAUAAGAGCCAUUGCCAUGUGUUUACAACCUUACCUACUAUGCACUGAUUACCCAAACGGAUAAGCUUUCAGUCCACAGUGUGUGUUAAUUUUUCAAGUGUUCUGUUUAGACUGGUUCUGCUUGGUAGUAUAUGUUCAAUUCAGCACUCUUCAUUAUGAAGCAUACAGUAUUACAGAUAGAAAAAUCAGAAUUUUUGAAGUGAUAAACAUGCAAUUCCACAUCUAAAAUAAAAAGGCACAUAAAAAUAAAUGUGAAAGAACACUUAUAGACUUCCAUUUUUAUCUGCUGAAACUAAUGUUUGUUUCAAUAUCUGCUGGCUGUAGAGGUAUAAAAUAAAAGGUAUUUUAGUAAGUGUUUCAAUAUUUCCCGACGCUUGCUGUAUUUCAGGUAUAAAAGCAGAUCAGAUUAAAAUAAGAACAAAAAUGGCAAGAGGGGAUUUUUCUUAUUCUCCUAACUUUGAUACUUGAAUUUUUAAAUGUAAACAUGAAUGGACAGUGAAUAUGGCUGAAUAACAGCAUCUCAGCUGUGGAAAAUACACAACUACAGAAUCUUGUGAAGUUACCCAGCUACUGCAUUUAUUUGGCAGUCUUUACAAUGUCUAUUCGAUCCUAUUCUGCAACGUUCAAAGCUAUGAUUUUUUUCAGAGUGGAUAUUUUUAGGAGGAGAAGACAGUAUGCACUGUAGAUAUCUUGGGAAAAUCCUUUCAAUGUAGGUAUGAAGAACUCUUGUUCCUGAGGAUGGUAUCUAGGAACUAAAUUUAUGGGAGAAAUGAAAUCUGAGGAGAAACAAACAACGAGUUUUCAAAUAUCUGUCUCAAAUCAUAAUUGUACUGUUGAGCUAAAAUAUUUUUAAAAUAUCUUUUUUUUUUUUUUUUUGAAGAGCAUAGGCAAAAUUGUAAUUUGAAAUGAGGACCUUAAAUUUGUUUUCAGUUCUGCAGCAAGAAUGAUUUGUAGCUGAAAACAGGAUAGUUUUAAAGAUGAGACUUCUGUCUAAGGAAUAAUUCAUGCAGUAAUACUGCUUUCUAUUUCUGUUUGAAAUUGUCCUGAAUUUUAGAUUGCAGCUGACAGAAAAAUGCUUUAAUGUGUAAGUCAACCAAAAUAUAUGUUAUUAUUUAUUGUGUCAAAGCUUAAAUAUAUAAACAAGUAGUCCUGUGGACUGUGGAAUGUGCUGAUGCUCAUCUAUCUGCUUUGGCAGACCUGAAAUGAGUCCAAGAGAAACAGUGAAAGUAGUAAAGGCACUCUGAAGUCAAGUAGGGAUUUCUCAGAAUCUUAGUGUUUUCCAACAGGUAUAAUUUGCUUUGAGUUCAGAGUUCUCUCUUUAGCAGUACUUGAAAUACUUGAAGUAGUAACACAUGCAUUACUGAAGAAACCAGCCCCAAACACCAAAAAAGUAACACCGGUGUUGAAAUCGGUUUUAGUGCUUCUUUACCUUUUUCCUUAUUGAUUUGGAGGAAGUGUGGUUGCUUACUCCUUUGGGCCCCUAUUAAAAGUUCAAGCACCAAGUUCUGCCUGAAAAAUCCAAUCAAAUUCUAAUAAUGCCUUUUAAACAAAAAUAAAUACAUUUGAAAAUUUCAGAUGCAGUGAAGUGGUAGGCUACAAGCUUA